AUGGAGCUGACCUUUGAAAUGACUGAUAUGGGUUUGUUGAAGUAUUUUUUGGGUCUUGAAGUAAUGCAGACCAACAAUGGAAUCUACCUUUGUCAGGAAAAGUAUGUCCAAAACUUGUUAUCUCGAUUUGGAAUGAGCAACUACAAGGAAGAGAAUACUCCCAUGAAUUGCAAUGAGAAACUUCUGCUCAAUGAUGGAGCAGAUAAAGUUAAUGAGGAGGCAUUCAGAAGUUUGGUAGGAGGGCUUAUUUACUUGACUCACACUAGGCCAGAUUUGACCUAUGCAGUAAGUCAAGUUUCAAAAUUUAUGCAUCAGCCUUCCAAAAUUCAUUCUGGAGCUGCUCGAAGAAUCUUAAGGUACAUUGGCAGUACUACGAGCUUUGGAAUAUGGUAUAAGCAGUCUGCAGGGAUCAGGUUGGUGGGAUACAGUGAUAGUGACUGGGCCAAUUGCGUUGAUGAUCGAAAGAGCCUCUCAGCAUACAUUUUCUCACUAGGCAGUGGUGCUGUUGCUUGGAGUUCAAAGAAGCAGCACACUAUAAACAAAACUAGUAGCCAUUUACGGAGUUCCUCUAGAAGACAACGAUGGCGAAAGAGGCAAUGGUGGAGCACGAAGACAACAGAUGAGGUAGUACGACGACGGCGUAGCAGGCGAUGGUGUAGUACGACGACGGCGGAGGAGGCGAUGGUGGAGGAAGACGACGGCAUGGUGGAGGACGCCAGUGUCGGAGGAGGCAGUGUGGAGGACGACGACGCCGGAAGAGGCGAUGUGGAGGACAACGAAGGCGAAAGACGACGAUAG